GUCUCAUGAUGUUUCCUCUAUUUUGUUUGAGUAACCAGGUGUUAAUCUGUUAGUAGCCAAUCCGUGCCUGUCACAGAUGAGGGUCAACUACCUACCGGCUUCUGAGACUAAAACGAGAGCGACGAAGCUCAGGCUAGUAACAGGAGACACUAGUUGCCACUUAACAGUGUUAAAAGUUACUGAUGUUAUGGAAACUUAAAACUGGAGGUACCAAAUGUAAAAGUGAGCCAUGUUUGGAGCUGUUUCAGCCGGAAAUUAUACUAAAUGUCGAGUGAGCAUGGACAUUAUGUGAACUAGUGUACGGGAAUGAAUAGUGAGUUUAUUAGUGUGGUGAAUUUCUGCAUAGUGUGCCUCAAGCCUACACGCCGCCCGCCCGCCUGCCGCCACGCAUGCUGCUGCUGCUGUAGAGGGUGCUCAGGACUUCGCUGUCGCUAGGAAAACCUGUCGCCAGGACUAGUCUCUCCAUCUCACAUCACUUUUCUUCAUUGAACAGAAGGUUUGAGGAAAACUGACUAAUGGUUUCUGAAUCUCCAAGGAUCAGUGAGUACUGAGAAACACUUUUCAUUCAAAUGAGCUCCAACAUGCGCGCCAACACAUGGUACCAUAACUGAGUUUACAAAACCCGGGUAUUAUUAUUUUAUUUUUUUUGACUUUGACUUAUUUGAGUAUAUGUUCUGUAUUUUCACGCUGUGAUGUUUUGGUGUCUUUUCCAGGAGGCCGUGGGAUAUCUGUCGAGAGGUUCCCAUCAUUGAAGAUGAACAGACGCCGUGGAAACUGAUCAAACUGCUAAAGAUCGUUUCCCUGUGUGCCGUGGCUCUGAUUGUGUUUGGAUUGGCGCUGUGCAGCAAGACGUCUUUCCUCCUCCUCAUCACCUUGUCAAAUGAAGGCACCAAGACUCUCUCGCCUGAGCAGAAACCCGUCGCUCUGCUGUGUAUCGGCUGCUCUCUCAUCGUGUCCAGUGUGCUUCUACUCCUCAAAAGUUUCUGGAAGGCGUGUUACAAAACAUCAAAGUUACCGAGAAAGUCAACUACCGCUCUUGUUCUCUUCUUCGAGUUCCUCGUGUCUCUGGGUGCAGCGAUUCUCACGAUCGUGGCGAUGCCGCAUUUGGACAUCGUGACCAACGUGGCGAUUCUGAACGGUGUGGCCGUCCUCUCUUCGCUUCUGCAGGUGAUCACUCAGUUCACUGCCCGGGAAAGGAGCCGCUUCCUCGCACCAUCCAUCACCGCCUUCCUCCUCAUUUUGCUCGGUUACGUCCAGUUUCUGGUUUUAUACAUUAUGAAGGAUCCUACUGAUACCAAGAUGGCCAUCUGGGUGGGUCUGGCUGUUGGUGGGUCCUUCUUGGUGUCUUUCAACUGGUGGGAGUGCUACUUCAGAUUCAUCAGCAAGAAUUGCAGCUCUGUCUUCCUCAGGAGCCUGUUCAGAGACAUGACAAAGUGUCAGAACUGUCUGCACAUCCUCUCCAGCCUGCUGAGGAUCGCAGUGACCGCCUGUGUGCUCGGAGCCUACGUCCCUUUGGCCAAAAUGAACUGGGACGUGGUGAGAUCCAUCCCGAGCCGUAAGACAAGAAUUAUUGCCAUCAUCAUUGGCGUCCAGCUGAUCUCCUCUGCACUCUGCCAGUGGUUUGCUGUUGCUGCCUGCAAGAUGCACGCCCUGCGACGAUGCUUCAUCCUUCCUUUGUACCUGGCCUCUCUAGCUGUCAUGGCUCUGCUUGUUGUCCCUGUCAUCGUCUACUAUCAGGACUACAGAAUUAGUCUGAACGGGGCUGCAACCAACUUCACAAGCUACUGCAGUGUGGUCGUAGAAAGGAGAAACCAGAGCUUGAACGGCAGUGUGUUUCCACACCUGGUUCUGGAUGUUACACACACCCUGUGCUUCCUGGACAUGUCCAAGACGGUUGACAUCGGCAUACUGACAGGUUCAGCCGUGUCCUGGUGGCUUGGUCUUGUGUUGUCCACCCUCCACCUGUGGUACUUCAAUGUCUAUCGUAUCCAGAGGACCCAAGACCUGUUCAUCCGGAGGCUGUAUGACGGAGCCUUUAUUGAGCAGUCUCUGCUCCUCAACACCCGAUUCGACAUCCAGACCAAAGGCAAGACAAAGAAUUUCAAGCCAUCUGAAACGGCGAUGAUAUAUCUGUGUGCGACCAUGUGGCACGAGACAUACGACGAGAUGAUGAACAUCAUUAUAUCAAUCUUUAGUUCCUCUUUGUGUUUCUCUGAACACUGCAGAAUGGACAAGUACAGACCAAAAAUCGGACCAAAGUUCAACGAUUUCACCUUCGAAGCCCAUAUCUACUUUGACGAUGCAUUCAAACAUGACGAGAAUCAGGGGAGUCACCUCAACGAAUACGCAAGAGACCUUGUGGAAAUCUUCACAGAAGUUUACAGCAUCUUCACAAACAUGGAUGAUAAGCUCUUCAAAAAGAAGCCGCACCAUUUCCCCGAUCAGAAGAUCAUAAAGACGCCGUAUGGAGGUCGUCUUGUGGUCACCAUGCCUCAAGGGAACAUUAUUGUGGUUCACUUCAAGGAUAAAGAUUUUGUUCGCCACAAGAAGAGAUGGUCUCAGGUCAUGUAUCUUUACUACCUUCUGGGAUGGAAACUCAUUGCCAAAUAUUACACCCGCUGGCAGAAGGGAGAGGACGAGAAUGUGCUGAAAGCGGAGAUCCAGAGAGAGAAACACAACACCUAUCUCCUGGCUUUAGACGGGGACACGGACUUCCAGCCGUCCGCUGUGAUGCUUCUCAUAGAUCGUCUGAAAAUGUACCCACGUGUCGGGGCAGCGUGUGGCAGGAUUCACCCCACUGGAUCAGGUCCUGCAGUGUGGAUCCAGAAGUUUGAGUACGCCGUCAGUCAUCGGCUGCAGAAGACAGCGGAACACGUGUUCGGCUGCGUGCUGUGCAGCCCCGGCUGUUUCAGUCUGUACAGAGCAGAGGCGCUGAUGGACGACAACGUCAUGAAAAGAUACUCCACCAAGUCCACGGAGGCGAGCCACCACGUCCAGUAUGAUCAAGGUGAGGACCGCUGGCUGUGCACUCUGCUGCUGAAGCAAGGAUGGAGAGUGGAGUACACCGCUGCAUCUGAUGCUUACACCAAUGCACCUGAGAAUUUCAAAGAACUCUACAACCAGCGCCGCCGAUGGGGGCCGUCCACAAUGGCCAACGUGGUGGAUCUGCUGGGCUCCACCAACAUCAUCUCCAAGAGGAAUCCGUCAAUCUCGAAACCCUUCAUGUUCUACCAGCUGUUUGCCCUCACCUUGGCCAUCCUGGCCCCGGCCACCAUCUGCCUCUUGAUUGCAGGUAGUUUGUCCUCCGUUUUCAACAUGCAUGCCAACAGUGCGCUCAUCCUGGCUGUGAUACCUCCUACCAUCUACCUGGGCCUGUGCUUCAAACUCGAGUCGAACACUCAAAUCACUGUUGCAGGAUUCAUGAGUAUCGUAUAUGCAUUCCUUAUGUUCAUGGUGACGUUGUCCAUUGUCGGCACGAUGGUGAAGGAAAGAACCAUCUUGACACCCAGCAGCCUUUUCGUCAUCUCCAUGGCUAUAAUUUAUGUUAUCACUGCGAUACUGCAUCCUCAGGAGAUCCACUUGGUGUUUUACGGCUUUCUGUACAUCCCCUGCAUCCCCAGCGCUUACCUCCUGCUUACCAUCUAUUCCAUGGCCAACCUGAACAAUGUGUCCUGGGGCACUCGGGACUCAAAACCCGCCACAGCAGCUGUCCAACCUGAAGAAACCACCCAGCUAACAACGGCACAGAAAGCUAAAAACACCUUCCAGUGCGUCUCCUCGUGGUUUAAAUGUGGCAAAAAGUCCAGCCAGUACAGCCUCAUUCCCCAGCAUGAGUCCCCAGAGUUCGAGUCUGAACUCCAGCCCCAAAACACUGUUGUGGAUGACAUAAGGAUCCCACAGGAAGAACAGCCAGUGGAGCCAGUUUUUGGGCGUCCAGUUGAAUGUUGGGUCACGCAACUUCAGAGUCAGUGUGAUGACAUACAACUACAGGAGGACUCACUCGACAAGGAGGAGGAGAACUUCUUCAAAGAACUUCUGGACACGUACCUGCAACCUUUGGCCGAAGACAAAGAGAAACAGAAAAAGAUGGCCAGUGACCUGCGAGGCCUGAGAAACAAGAUAAACUUGGCCUUCUUCACCUUGAAUGCCCUGUGGCUGGUGGCGACAUUUACCCUCCAGCUCCUCGAGGCCUCCGUCUCCAUCAGGCUCCCCAAAAUCGACCUGGACCUCCAGUUCACCGGGGAAGACAUAAACGUCGAUCCCAUCGCCUUCAUGUUCAUUCUGGGAUUCGCUACAACGAUUGUGAUCCAGUUCUUUGCCAUGCUGUACCACAGAGUCUACACGCUGAUACAUUACGUUGCCUUUCUGGACACAGAGCCCGCAGGGCAAAAACCUGAAAAAGAAGAUUUUUACACACCAGACAAAAAGAUUGACACGGCGUCACACGACAACACGGCAUCCACCUCCACCUUCACCUCCACCUCCACCUCCACCUCCAUCUCUAACUCCCAGGAAGAGUCCGACCCCGAAGACAGCGACGAUGAGUUCUUCCAGAACUUGUACACCAGACGAGAUGACGGAGGGGCGACGGUGUCAACAUAAACUCUGUCCACAUCCAACCACUGUUUAGCACUUUGAACUAUCCACUGCAUGUGAGAAGAAUGUGUUUAAUGAUGUAUUAUUCAUGCUAUGUUUACAUUUAUUCUAGUGCAAUUUAUUUAUGAAGAAAAAAACCUUUCACUGAACCAAAUGUCACAGAGAAAACAAAUCAUCUAGAUGGAAUUUAACAAUUCUAUUUAUAAGAGAUCUGAAGCUAUCCUGUAAAUAUUAGUUUUAUUUGAUGUUGCUGUUUCUGUGUUCAACAAGCUGUAAUGUGAAGAGGAAUAAAUGAAGUGAAACACGUCAGGGGGAAACGAUCACUGCUGAAGUAUUUACGUAACGCAUACCAAAGCUUUUUUCUGCUAGCCUUUCUGUUUUUGUUAUUGCACAAGAUAUAAUACAAUGUGUCCCAUAAAUAAAU